ACAUGGGGACCAUAGAACUUGGAUCCGCAUUACGGCUCAUCUGUCUGACGCUGCUUCUCUCUUCUCUCAGUAAUGCUCACAUCGAUCAUGUGUGCUCAACUUGGGGAGACUAUAACUGGAAGAACUUUGAUGGAGAAUUCUUCAGGCUGCCAUCCAGCUGUAACCAUGUGCUGGCCUCACAGUGCAAAGAACCAUAUGAGAGUUUCAACAUCCAAAUGAGACACACAACAAUCAACGGCAUCCCUACCAUCGGCAAAAUAAUCAUGAAGCUGGAUGGUGUUGUUGUGAAGAUGUGCAACAGUUCUGUGGAAGUUGAUGACCAAUCGGUGAAUCUGCCAUAUACCAGAUACGGUGUGAGUAUCACAAAGACCACUUCUGGUAUCUUUGUCAACUCCAAGAUGGGAAUCAAAGCUAUCUGGAACCUGGAGGACUCCCUGGACGGUCAGUGA